AUGAAAGCUAACAAACCCGAAGAGGUAGCCAUUAUAGCACUUUCUAACAAUGGGAACAUGGCCAUUGUAGCCAAAACAGCAUCACUAUGGCCACAUUUGUCUGCAGCACCCUCACCAUUUUCCGAAAGAGUGAAUGGCACGCUACAGAAAUUUCGGUCAUUUUUCGGUAAAUUCCUGUUGACAAACUUCGGUACCUUUAACUCAUCCGUCAUACCCCUGGACCUCAAACGUUACUACAGUCAGUCUGUGGACUACAUCAAAAAUCGUAAGGUUAACAUCAAGGAACUGUACCAGGGCACUAUUGCGCUAGCUAGCAAAUACCUGGCUAAAUUGAAAGCAAAAUCAGGCGCCAAAAAUGGCACCCAUUUAGCUGCCGUAGCUCUGCCUGGACAUGAUCAGGGAAUUCCGGCUCAAAAUAACCCGGCUAUUCAGCACAUAAACAAUGACAUACAGCAACACCCGGAACAGGAAGUAGAUACCGGUGCUCAACCUAAUCAACAACCUAUUGAACAACCCCAGUCUAGAUCUGCCAGUAAAAUCCCGAAACAAGGCAAUAAUCCCGCACAAACCCACCCUGGUGCAGCGGGUGAACUCGAAUUUUAUAGCAACCUAAUUAUACCGAGCAAUCCCGGAGUGGCAAAUAAACAUAGAAACAAGUAUGUAUUGCAACAGCCAGACAAUGAGCCAGGUGCGCAGCAACCACGUCCAUGGGGAGCGGGUCUCGGUGCUCGCCUUAAUAAACCGGACCUGGGACAGCCCCAACCGCAAGUUGGCAUUGACGUAGAGCAUAAUGAGGGAGUGCCCACUCAGGGUAACUCAGGUAUUGAUCAACCUAACCCUGGGGGCGAUCAAAAUAAUCCCGUAAUCGUGGGUAAUGCGGGAAAUGAUGGCAUUGCGGGACUGGUUGGUAGUGCGGGACUGGAUGGCAGUGCGGGUACGGCUCCCAUACAAGCGCUGGGAGUGCCUAAUCAAGGAAUAGUUGCCGGUGAGGGUGAUGUGGCUACUAAUCCUGGUCAUCCUACUAGUCCAGUGGUCGGCUACCCCUACAAGACUAAUAACGCGCCUAUACGUGCUGGUGCCAGUCCAUCAUCUAGUAAAACCAGCAAAAUUACCAAAACUACCAAAGCCUCCAAAGCCACCAAAACCACGACCACACCCACCACUACCACCACCGAGGAAGUGGAUCUAAAUUUACAGGCUAUCCUGGCUCAGGGCGACGACACCACCACUACCGAGGAAGUGGAUGAAAAUUUAAAGGCCAUCCUCGAAGGUUCUGGUAAGCAGGGUAACGAGACGACUGUCCAGACAACCAAUACGGAGGCCUCGGAUGAGGAUAACAAACUCAAAGAUGCCGCACCAGACGCACCUCCACCCUCACCCCCACCACCAGUUGUCGUAGCAAAAGCACAGGUGGUUCAACUUAAGCCCGUGGCUAAACCAUCAGGAUUAGCUGCACCGGUAGCCCCGGGAGCACCAUCUAAACCAGGUGCUCCCAGAGCUCCAGGUGCUGUAGUAAAAGCGGGAGGUGUGCAAGUUGCUCCAGUAAAAGCAGCACCUGGAGCGGCACUGGUAGCAGCACCGGGAACGACAGGCGUAGCCAAUAGACCGAUGACCAACGCGGAGAAGUUUAAGCAAGCUCAAAAAGUGUACAACAUAUUAAGCUUGGGUGCGCUAAAGUUUUUGAACAUGACGGCCAAGGUGGGUCAAAUUUUGAUAAAUGGUACAUGGCACUAUACCAAAGUACUUGGCAAUGAGACCAUGCGCCAUUGGAAUAAACGUGAUCAAUACGCCGCCCAAAUCAAAAAUAGCACGGGUAAGUUUGUCAAUGGCACCACCAAGUUUGCCAAGGUACUAGUCAACGGCACCAAGAUGGUUUACGAGCAAAAUAGCAAAACCUUGAAACAACUACAAAAUGAGACCACCCAGAUCUAUAAUAAUAGGUCAGCGAUCGUAGGGGAAUUAACAAAUAGCACCUUGGACGCUAUAAAUAAGUUUAGCAAUGAAAGCGAGGAAUAUCAAAAGAAUCGCCAUAAAAUGAAACAGGGUAAACCGGGCACCAGGGUCAUAGCCAGCACGGGAGGUGACCAAACACCAGCACAGCCUACGAGUGACCCGGGUGCAGCACCGGCAGCUAGUGAUCCAGCAACGGCGGCUGAUCCCGGUGCUACACCAACACCAGAGGCUACUACCGCGGUUGAUGGGGCUGCAGGAGCUACUGAAGCUACCAGUGCUCUGGAUGUGCCGUUAAAGGCUGACUCUGAAGGGGAGACAAGUACUGAGGGUGAUACUACGACCUCUACCGGUGCUCCUGAUGUGACGUUAAAGGCUGACUCUGGAGGGGAGGAUAGUAGUGAUACUACAACCACUACCGGCGCUCCGGAUGUACCGUUAAAAUCCAGUGGUGACGUAACUGAGGAACAAAGUGAACAA